CCUGCGGAACUCGGGUCGUGGCUGCAGCCAUGGCGGCCGUGUCGGGGUCAGUUCGCCUGCAGCGGUGCGUGGUGUCGCCGGCUGGGAGGCACAGCGCCUCCCUCAUUUUCCUGCACGGCUCAGGUGAUUCUGGACAAGGUUUGAGAAAGUGGAUCAAGCAAGUUUUAAAUCAAGAUUUAACAUUCCAACACAUAAAAAUUAUUUAUCCAACAGCUCCUCCCAGACCCUAUACUCCUAUGAAAGGAGGAAUCUCCAAUGUGUGGUUUGACAGAUUUAAAAUAUCUAACGACUGCCCAGAGCACCUUGAGUCCAUCGAUGUGAUGUGUCAGGUGCUCUCAGACUUGAUUAAUGAUGAAGUAAAAAGUGGCAUCAAGAAGAAUAGAAUAUUAAUAGGAGGAUUUUCCAUGGGAGGGUGCAUGGCGAUGCAUGUGGCGUAUAGAAAUCAUCAAGACGUGGCAGGAGUGUUUGCUCUUUCCAGUUUCCUGAACAAAACCUCUGCUGUUUACCAGGCUCUUCAGAAGCGUGAUGGCGCGCUCCCCGAGCUAUUCCAGUGCCACGGGACUGCUGACGAGCUCGUCCUUCAUUCUUGGGGGGAAGAGACAAACUCGGCCUUACGGGCUCUGGGGGUGAGCACCAAGUUCCAUAGUUUCCCGGGGCUUUUCCAUGAGCUAAGCACAGGGGAGCUAGAGAAACUGAAGGCAUGGGUUCUUGCAAAGCUGCCAGGAGAAAUGGAGAGGCAAAAGGAGUAAAUCAAGACUGACUUGUUGCCCUGGCUGUUGUGGUUCAGUGUCGACCCAUGAACCGGAUUGAGGCUGGACUCCGGUGAGGGCACAUGCCCAGGUUGUGGGCUUGAUCCCCAAGAAGAGGCGUGCAGGAGGCAGCCGAUCAAUGAUUCUCUCUCAUCAAUAAAAACGUUUUAAAAAAGGAUUGAGUUGUUAACACAUAUAUCAUGCCUUCGUGAAAAGUGGUUUUUACUGCCAAAUUAUGUGGUUAACGAU